AUGCCGCCACGCUCGCCCAGCAGCUUGAGUACGACAAAGCUCGUCCAAGACGUCAAGUCGCUGUGGGACAGAACUAAGAAUUAUGCAGGACUCAAAGAGGCGCUCGCGCUGCUUGAUCUCGCCGGCCUCGCCGAAUUGGAACAGCAGUUCCUGGCCACUGAUGCGUUCCUCAAGCCAUGGUCCGCCUUCCGCGAUUCGGUCCUCCACUUGCAUCCUAAUGCGAUGUCGCAGCCGACAAAAGUAGCCAAGGACCAAGGUGACAAAGGCGUCUCGCGCACGGACUUGUUGUGGUUUUACACACAGUACGAUGAAGGUCUGCUUCGCUAUGAUCCCCGCUCCGACCCGAACCACCGUGAGUACACAGAAGACAGCAGUGUUUGGUGUGUCAUCGACAAGAGCCACUGGAACCUCGAGUCAUACGAAAAGCAUCUGUUCGCCUGGAUGUUGCAGGUGUUCAAGGUUGGCAAGAAGCGCAAUCCACAGGGCUUCCAAUACUUCGAGCUUCGCAAUGUCUGUACUGCAUGGGAGGCUGUCAUGCUGCCUAUCGUCAAUGCAGUGCGUUCCUCAUACAGCACCAAAGGCAAGCACCACUAUGGUCGUCUCGCAAUGUUCGUCGAAGCCCGGUGUCCUUCUGGUCUCGCCUUUCCAAAAGGCAAUGUCCACAUCCCGGCAAGCUUGCUUUCGCCAUCGCCCUACCGUGUCAUAUCCAAGCCCGGAGAAACCGGCGAGUACAUGUCAGCCUCCCAUCGGCGCAAGGCAAGUAUUGCAGCACUCACUAAGGAAGACUAUGACGAGACAGACAAGGAGUUGCGCACUGUAUACCCUCAAUACGGUGGCUUAUUCGAGCGCCCAAAGUACAAAGUCAAGAUGGAUGAAUGGCUGGCCGAGCAGCUAGUGCGUGCAGAGCGUAAGAAGGCUGCAGCAGCGCUUGAGAAUACAGCUCAUCAUCGACCUGCUGACUUUCUUGAACGUCGUGACGGAAAUAAGCGCCAGGAACAAGGCAGCGACGAGAGCCCGAUGAGGCGCUAUUCCGACAACAUCCGUCGCUCGCUAUCGCGAAGCUUUUCCAUGAAAUUGCCGCCAAAAGAAGAGGCAAAAGAGUCAACCAAGAACAAGUUGUAUGAGCUUCGCAAUCUUGCCGAGGGUUCACCUCCACGCACCCGUAUUCUAUUGCCAUCUGAGAAACGUAGGGCUAAGAAACUCGAAGAUGAGAAGCGCGAGGCUGAGAGGCGCGAGCUUGAGGGACGCGAGACUGAAGAAGGCGAGACUGGGGGUCACAAGAUGGAGAGAGACGAGAGUACCAUGUCCUUGGAGUCGAACAGGACUACCAUCAUCACGCCUUGGCCCCACCAAGAAGCGGACAGCAGUCCUUCCGACCAGAGCACAUACAGCUAUAUCCGCCGUUCGAAUCCCUUUGAUCUUUCCGAUAGCCUGGCAGCCCUGGAUGUGGGUUAUGGCGCCAACCAGACAGUGUAUUCGCCCAUGAAUCAGUUGAGCGCAGUACCCAAGCCGCUACACCGAGAUGAUCAACGUAAAAAGGAGAUUACAUCGUUGUCCUCGAUCCAGGAGAAGAAGUCUUUCACAGAUGCACGUACACCAAGCUACGAGGGCAACGACUGGGAGGGCGAGAUCUUGUUGACAAAGCUUGAUACAGUCCGGAGGAACAGCGCUCGUUCUGCAGAGCAUAACCGGCCUGCAUAUCCGCCUACACGUCUCCCUGUUCCAAUCAACCCAACUCCUUAUGCUGGUAAUCUUCGCAUCGCAUCAAGACACGGCAACGCACCGCCUAGAGCUUUCGGAAGCCCAGGUGAACCACUUCCGAUGCCUGUUCCCUGGCCAGGCGCGCCUCUCCCGCCUCUUCCACAAAAGAGUCCGGAGCGAAUGAAGAGCUCCAAGGGCCGUUUCGACAACUCCCGACCGCAACAGGUGAAGCGCAACGAGUCUGAGCGAAGCGUUCCUCGCAUCGUGUCCAAAAAGAACAUUCGUUCCGCGCUCGGAGGAGAUUCCCGAGAGAGUUCGGCAGAAGAAUUGACUUUGCCACCUUCUAUCCCGAUGAUUCAGGGACCGGCCCGGUCGGUGAGUCCCGGGGGCACCAGGUUGCAGACAUUCAACACCAACCUGUUCCCGCGCAAGGAGGAGCGCAAGGGCACCCCCGUUGGGGCAUGGGUGGGCACGGAGAAGGCGAGGCCUGUGGGCCCUUCGUAUGAGAUGAACGUUCUGGAAGGAGACAAAUAUCGGGAGUCCUAG